UAUCUUUUCCGAGUCUCGAAACGGCACUUUCAUCUUUCUGGUAUGUAUCAGUCUCAAUCUCUUGCAGAUGCGUUUAAAUGGAACCGAACCAAAUAAAAAUUAAGCAAAAGAGUAGGCCGAGAAAGUUCUAUCGGUGAUGUUGGGACAUGUAUCUAUGUUAUUUCACGUUCAAUGGUUACCAUAGAAAAGAGCUUUCUUCUAAUUUAAUGGUCCAAAACCAAAAUUACACAGCACAUCGAUACAGGGUGGGGACCCUUUAGGGUUUUUUAUAGGUUAUUAAGACCACACCCUCUGCUCCACCAUUAAUGGUGCAGAGGAUCCUCCUGUCACUACUACUCUCUAUAGACCCUCUCCAGUCUUUUAGCUCUAGGAAAAGUAUGUUUUUCUUUUCUUGAGUUUAUAGAUUCUGUUAUAUAGGCAGAAACACCAUUAGUUGUUAUCACUUUUCUUUAUUUGAUUUCAGUUGUUAUCACUUUUCUUUAGUUGUUAUCACCAUUUGUUGUUAUUUGAUUUCACUUUUCUAUAGACCCUUCCUUUCUUUUUCUGCUUUCGUCCACCGUUUCAACUUGCUAUAAACAUAAACAAAUAUACAUAAAGAGGGAAAAAAUGGCUAAAGAAAUGCAACAUAGCAGCAUGUACUUAGAACAGGUAGACAUAGAAGGCUAUGAAAAUGGUGGAAUUCGCAAGAAUCUUGACGAUGAUGGUCGAGCUAAAAGGACGGGUACAUGGAUAACUGCAAGUGCUCAUAUUAUCACAGCAGUGAUAGGGUCAGGAGUGCUAUCUCUAGCAUGGGCCAUAGCCCAGUUAGGCUGGGUGGCUGGUCCGGUUAUUCUCAUGGCUUUCUCUUUUAUCACCUUCUUCACUUCUACUCUGCUUGCCGAUUGCUAUAGAUCACCUGAUCCUGUCACUGGCAAGAGAAACUAUACUUAUAUGGAUGCUGUUAGAGCCAAUUUAGGAGGUUGGAAAGUUACGAUGUGUGGGUUGGCUCAAUAUGCAAAUCUGGUGGGAAUCACAGUUGGUUAUACUAUUACAGCAUCUAUUAGCAUGGUGGCUGUUAAGAGGUCGAAUUGUUUCCAUAACCAUGGGCACCAUGUGAAGUGCAACACAUCGAACAAUCCCUAUAUGAUCAUAUUUGCAUGCAUCCAAAUCGUCUUAAGCCAAAUACCGAACUUCCACAAGCUCUCAUGGCUUUCACUUGUUGCAGCAGUAAUGUCUUUUGCCUAUUCUUCAAUAGGCCUUGGACUGUCCAUAGCAAAAGUAGCAGGUGGGGGACAUGCAAGGACAAGCUUAACAGGAACCACAGUUAGGGUGGACGUGACGCCAGCACAGAAGGUGUGGAGAGCAUUCCAAGCUAUUGGGGACAUUGCCUUUGCUUAUGCUUUCUCUACCGUUCUUAUCGAGAUACAGGACACAGUAAGAUCAAGUCCUCCAGAGAACAAAGCUAUGAAGAGGGCAUCAUUCAUUGGCAUCCUAACAACCACCCUGUUCUAUGUCUUAUGUGGUUGCCUCGGUUAUGCAGCAUUCGGAAAUGAUGCACCAGGCAAUUUCCUGACUGGUUUUGGAUUCUAUGAACCUUUCUGGCUGAUCGACUUGGCCAAUGUAUGUAUCGCCAUUCAUCUUAUCGGUGCCUAUCAGGUCUUCUGUCAGCCAAUCUUCAGCUUUGUAGAGAGGUAUUGCCACCAAAGGUGGUCGGAGAACAAGUUCAUAACAAGCGAACAUGCCAUUAACAUUCCAUAUUAUGGCGUGUAUUACCUUAACUCAUUCAGAUUGGUAUGGAGAACUAUAUACGUAAUAGUUACAGCAGUACUAGCCAUGAUCUUACCGUUCUUCAACGACUUUCUGGGUCUAAUAGGAGCAGCAGCGUUCUGGCCAUUGACAGUUUAUUUUCCAAUAGAGAUGUACAUUGCGCGCACAAGAAUGCCAAAGUUUUCAGUCACCUGGACAUGGCUGAAAAUAUUGAGUUUGGCUUGCUUGAUAGUAUCACUUGUUGCUGCGGCUGGAUCCAUUGAGGGUCUCAUCAACUCUCUCAAGACCUACAAGCCUUUUCAAUCUGAGCAAUAAUUUAUUACCAUUGUUUUUACUCAAGCAACAAGGUAAAAGUUUUCAGUAGCAGAUAAGUCUGUAUUUUUAUUCCUACAGUAACAAAUCACUUGUACUCAUCUAUCAAUUAAAACUGGAGAAGCAAUGCUUUCUUCAUUUUCUCCAUCAAAA